CAACUGGCAAGCAAGCAAGCAAGCAGGCACGAAUUCACGAUUGCCGUAGUGUGACAGUGUUUGUGGCGAGUGAAAGACAUUUAAGGGGAAUAAUAAUAUUAUUUUUUUUUUUUUUUUACAUGUGCAGUUUUAACUUUACUCAAAUAUAAUACUUGAAACCAAAAAAAAAAAAAAAAAAAAAUUACAUUUUCAUAUAAAUUAUAUAUAUAAUCAUUAUAUAUAUUUUUUUGUUUGUUUGUUUGUUUGAUAAAUAAAAUAAAUUAAAAAAAGUAUUAAAUUUAAAAACAACAAACUAUAAACAAGAGGAUAAAAUACAACGAAAAAAAAAAAAAACAAUAAAAAUUCGUCUUGGCGUUGAAUUGAAGGCGUGUGGUGCGCUUGCAAGAUAGAAAAUUUAAAAAAAAAAAAAUACAUACACAACUACAUACAUAUAUUUAACAUUUAAUUUAUUUAUUAUUUUUUUUUUUUUUAAAUUUUAUCAUUGUAAAAAAAAGGAGUAAAUAAAAGUCGUUGUACUUCGAACGCAUUGUGUACGCGUUAAAUAAAAAUGGCGGACGGUGAACAGAGGGUAGACCGGUCAGAUCCGGAGCUACGUUAUUUAUCUGUCGACAGGAAUAAUAUAAAUGAUCCAGCAGCACAAGCAGAAUGGACACAAAAAAAAUUAGUAUGGGUACCACAUGAAAAUCAAGGUUUUGUUGCUGCUGGUAUUAAAGGAGAACGUGGAGAUGAAGUUGAAGUUGAAUAUGCUGAAACUGGUAAACGUGUACUCGUUGCCAAGGAUGAUAUACAAAAAAUGAAUCCACCAAAAUUCGACAAGGUUGAGGAUAUGGCAGAAUUGACGUGUCUCAAUGAAGCGUCUGUACUACAUAACCUCAAAGAUCGUUACUAUUCUGGACUUAUUUAUACUUAUUCUGGUCUGUUUUGUGUUGUUGUCAAUCCAUACAAGAGAUUGCCAAUUUAUACAGAAAAGAUUAUGGAAAGAUAUAAGGGCAUCAAAAGACACGAAGUACCACCUCAUGUUUUUGCAAUUACUGACACUGCCUACCGGUCCAUGUUACAAGAUCGUGAGGAUCAGUCAAUUCUUUGUACUGGUGAAUCUGGUGCUGGAAAAACAGAAAAUACUAAAAAAGUUAUUCAAUAUUUGGCCUAUGUUGCUGCAUCAAAACCCAAAUCAAAUGCUACCCCAAGUCCAGCAUUAAUAAUAGGGACUGGGAGUACAACGGAGAAAUUCGCGGGUGAAUUGGAACAACAGUUACUUCAAGCCAAUCCAAUAUUGGAAGCCUUCGGUAAUGCAAAAACUGUAAAGAAUGACAAUUCUUCGAGAUUUGGUAAAUUUAUAAGAAUAAAUUUUGAUGCAUCUGGAUAUAUUGCUGGUGCAAAUAUUGAAACAUAUUUACUUGAAAAAUCACGAGCAAUUAGACAAGCAAAAGAUGAAAGAACAUUUCAUAUAUUUUAUCAGUUACUUGCUGGUGCAUCACCAGAACAAAAAAAAGAAUUUAUACUAGAAGAUCCAAAAUUAUAUCCAUUUUUAUCAAGUGGUAAUUUGCCAGUAUCUGGUGUUGAUGAUGCUGCUGAAUUUGCAUCAACAGUUAAAUCAAUGAAUAUAAUGGGAAUGACAAAUGAAGAUUUUUCAUCAAUAUUUCGUAUUGUAUCAGCAGUUAUGUUAUUUGGUUCAAUGCAAUUUAGACAAGAAAGAAAUUCUGAUCAAGCAACAUUACCAGAUAAUACUGUUGCACAAAAAAUAUCACAUUUAUUGGGUUUAAGUGUAACUGAAAUGACAAAAGCAUUUUUAAAACCAAGAAUUAAAGUUGGACGUGAUUUUGUAACAAAAGCACAAACAAAAGAACAAGUUGAAUUUGCUGUUGAGGCAAUAUCAAAAGCAUGCUAUGAAAGAAUGUUUCGUUGGUUAGUUAAUAGAGUUAAUAGAUCACUUGAUAGAACUAAAAGACAAGGUGCAAGUUUUAUUGGUAUAUUAGAUAUGGCUGGUUUUGAAAUAUUUGAAUUAAAUUCAUUUGAACAAUUAUGUAUUAAUUAUACAAAUGAAAAAUUACAACAAUUAUUUAAUCAUACAAUGUUUAUAUUAGAACAAGAAGAAUAUCAACGUGAAGGUAUUGAAUGGAAAUUUAUUGAUUUUGGUUUAGAUUUACAGCCAACAAUUGAUCUUAUUGAUAAACCAAUGGGUAUUAUGGCAUUACUUGAUGAAGAAUGUUGGUUUCCAAAAGCAACAGAUAAAACAUUUGUUGAAAAACUUGUUGGUGCACAUAGUGUACAUCCAAAAUUUAUGAAAACAGAUUUUCGUGGUGUUGCUGAUUUUGCUAUUAUUCAUUAUGCUGGUAAAGUUGAUUAUUCAGCAGCAAAAUGGCUUAUGAAAAAUAUGGAUCCACUUAAUGAAAAUAUUGUUAGUUUAUUACAAGCAUCACAAGAUCCAUUUGUAUGUCAUAUAUGGAAAGAUGCUGAAAUUGUUGGUAUGGCACAACAAGCAUUAACAGAUACACAAUUUGGUGCUAGAACAAGAAAAGGUAUGUUUCGUACUGUAUCACAAUUAUAUAAAGAACAACUUGCUAAACUUAUGGUUACACUUAAAAAUACAAAUCCAAAUUUUGUACGUUGUAUUAUACCAAAUCAUGAAAAAAGAGCUGGUAAAAUUGAUGCACCACUUGUACUUGAUCAAUUACGUUGUAAUGGUGUACUUGAAGGUAUACGUAUAUGUCGUCAAGGUUUUCCAAAUCGUAUACCAUUCCAAGAAUUUCGUCAACGUUAUGAAUUAUUAACACCAAAUGUCAUACCAAAAGGUUUUAUGGAUGGUAAAAAAGCAUGUGAAAAAAUGAUACAAGCACUUGAAUUAGAUCCAAAUUUAUAUCGUGUUGGACAAUCGAAAAUAUUCUUUAGAGCUGGUGUAUUGGCACAUCUUGAAGAGGAACGUGAUUAUAAAAUAACUGAUCUUAUUGUUAAUUUUCAAGCAUUUUGUCGUGGUUUUUUGGCACGUCGUAAUUAUCAAAAACGUUUACAACAAUUAAAUGCAAUACGUAUUAUACAACGUAAUUGUGCUGCAUAUUUAAAAUUACGUAAUUGGCAAUGGUGGAGAUUAUAUACAAAAGUUAAACCUCUACUUGAAGUUACAAAACAAGAAGAAAAAUUAACACAAAAAGAAGAUGAAUUAAAACAAGUUAGAGAUAAAUUAGAAUCACAAUUACAUUCAGCACAAGAAUAUGAAAGAAAAUAUCAAUUGGCAAUUGAAGAAAAAACAAUUUUAGCUGAACAAUUACAAGCUGAAGUUGAAUUAUGUGCUGAAGCUGAAGAAAUGCGUGCAAGAUUAGCAGCAAGAAAACAAGAAUUAGAAGAAAUAUUACAUGAUUUAGAAGCACGUAUUGAAGAAGAAGAAGAAAGAAGUACAAGUUUAACACAAGAAAAAAAAAAAUUACAAUUAAAUAUUAGUGAUUUAGAAGAACAACUUGAAGAAGAAGAAGCAUCAAGACAAAAAUUACAACUUGAAAAAGUACAAUGUGAUGGUAAAUUAAAAAAAUUAGAAGAAGAUUUAGCACUUGCUGAUGAUACUAAUCAAAAGCUAUUAAAAGAAAAAAAAUUAUUAGAAGAAAGAGCUAAUGAUUUAUCACAAACACUUGCUGAAGAAGAAGAAAAAGCUAAACAUUUAGCUAAAUUAAAAGCUAAACAUGAAGCAACAAUUGCUGAUCUUGAAGAAAAAUUAUUAAAAGAUCAUCAACAAAGACAAGAAGUUGAUAGAUCAAAAAGAAAAGUUGAAACUGAAGUAUCUGAUCUUAAAGAUCAAUUAGCUGAACGUAAAACACAAGUUGAAGAAUUACAAUUACAACUUGGUAAACGUGAAGAAGAAUUAAAUCAAGUUAUGUUAAAAAUUGAUGAAGAAGCUGCUGCUAAAGCACAAGCACAAAAAGCAUUACGUGAAUAUGAAUCACAACUUGCUGAAUUACAAGAAGAUCUUGAAGCUGAAAAAAUUGCACGUAGUAAAGCUGAAAAAUUAAAACGUGAUUUAAAUGAAGAAUUAGAAGCAUUAAAAAAUGAAUUACUUGAUUCACUUGAUACAACAGCAGCACAACAAGAAUUACGAUCAAAACGUGAACAAGAACUUGCAACAUUAAAAAAAAAUCUUGAAGAUGAAACAUCUGGUCAUGAAGCAACAAUAUCUGAUAUGCGUCAUAAACAUACACAAGAAUUAACUGGUAUGAAUGAACAAAUGGAUGCAUUAAAAAAAAAUAAAGCAGCACUUGAAAAAACAAAAUCAACAUUAGAAGCUGAAAAUGCUGAUUUAGCAACUGAAUUACGUUCAAUUGGUGCAAGUAGACAAGAAUCAGAUCGUCGACGUAAACAAGCUGAACAACAAUUAGUUGAAUUAAAUGCAAAAUUAACUGAAAUUGAAAGAUCAAAACAAGAAUUAGCUGAAAGAGUUACAAAAUUACAACUUGAAGCUGAAACAGUAUCACAACAAUUAGAAGCAUCUGAAUUAAAAGCAUCAGCAGCUGUUAAAGCAUCAACAGCAUGUGAAUCACAAUUUACUGAAAUGCAACAACAGCUAGAAGAAGAAACAAGACAAAAAUUAGCAUUGAGCUCAAAAUUACGUGCUAUUGAAAGUGAAAAAGAAAGUCUUCAUGAUCAAUUGGAAGAAGAAGAAGAAGCAAAACGUGCAUUAGAUAAACAAGUACAAGCAUUAACAUUACAAUUAAUUGAUGCUAAAAAACGUGGUGAUGAAGAGGCUGAUGCAGCAAUUGUACUUGAAGAAGCACGUAAACGUUGUAUGAAAGAUAUUGAAGCAUUACAACGACAAGUUGAAGAAUUACAAGCAGCAAAUGAUAAAUUAGAUAAAUCAAAACGUAAAAUACAAGCUGAAUUAGAAGAUGGUACAAUUGAACUUGAAGUACAAAGAGCUAAAGUUAUUGAGCUUGAAAAAAAACAAAAAAAUUUUGAUAAAGUACUUGCUGAAGAAAAAGCUGUAUCUGAACAAUUUGCUGAACAAAGAGAUUCUGCUGAACGUGAAGCACGUGAAAAAGAAACACGUGUAUUAUCAUUAACACGUGAAUUAGAUGAACUUAAUGAAAAAGUUGAAGAACUUGAACGUGGACGUCGUACAUUACAAUCAGAACUUGAUGAACUUGUUAAUAAUCAAGGUACAGCUGAUAAAAAUGUACAUGAAUUAGAAAAAGCUAAACGUGCACUUGAAUCACAAUAUGCUGAAAAAUGUUCACAAGUUGAAGAACUUGAAGAUGAAUUACAAUUUACUGAAGAUGCAAAAUUACGUCUUGAAGUUAAUAUGCAAGCAUUAAGAGCACAAUUUGAGCGUGAUUUACAAGCUAAAGAAGAACAAGCUGAAGAAAAACGUCGUGGUCUUGUUAAACAAUUACGUGAUUUUGAAGCUGAACUUGAAGAUGAAAGAAAACAACGUGCUGCUGCAAUUGCUGCACGUAAAAAAUUAGAAGCUGAUUAUAAAGAUCUUGAACAACAAUUAGAAAUGCAUAAUAAAGUUAAAGAAGAUGCAUUAAAACAAUUAAAAAAAUUACAAACACAAAUGAAAGAUGGUUCACGUGAAGCUGAAGAAGCACGUGUUGCACGUGAUGAACUUAUUAUUAUUGCUAAAGAAGCUGAAAAAAAAGCUAAAAAUCUUGAAGCUGAUUUAUUACAAUUAACUGAAGAUUUAGCAGCAAGUGAACGUGCAAGACGUGUUGCUGAAAAUGAACGUGAUGAAUUACAAGAAGAAGUUAAUAAUAAUGCAAAUAAAGGUACACUUAUGCUUGAUGAAAAACGUCGUUUAGAAGCUAGAAUAGCAACACUUGAAGAAGAAUUAGAAGAAGAACAAUCAAAUAGUGAAAUAAUUGCUGAUCGUUCAAGAAAAGGACAAAUAUUAAUUGAACAAAUGACAACUGAUUUAACAACUGAACGUUCAUCAUCACAAAAAAUUGAAUCACAAAGAUUAUUACUUGAACGACAAAAUAAAGAAUUAAAAGCUAAACUUGCUGAACUUGAAACAGCACAACGUGCUAAAACAAAAGCAACAAUACAAGCACUUGAAUCUAAAAUAAGUAAUCUUGAUGAACAACUUGAAACUGAAGCUAAAGAACGUUUUGCACAACAAAAAGUUAAUCGUAAAUUGGAUAAAAAAUUAAAAGAAAUGAAUUUACAAUUGGAAGAUGAAAGAAGAAAUUCAGAUCAAUUUAAAGAACAAGUUGAAAAAGCUAAUUUACGAGUUAAAACACUUAAAAGACAAUUGGAUGAAACUGAAGAAGAACUUGACAGGCUCAAGGGAUUAAAAAGAAAAGAUCAAAGAAGAAUUGAUGAAAUGGCUGAAACACAAGAAAAUUUAAAUCGUGAAGUUGCUAAUCUUAAAAAUAAACUUCGUCGUGGUGGUGUACCAAUUGGUUUGAGUUCAACAAGAAUAACUAAACGUGGAUCUGCACAAGCUGGUGGUUCUGGUGAUGAUUCAACAACUCAAGAUGAAAGUAUCGAUGGUGAAGAAUCUAUUAAUUAAUAAUCAUUUAUCAAUUAAAUUACACAUUUGCAGUUUAAAAAAAAAUCUAAAAUUAAAAUAAACAAAAAAAAAAUAAUAAUAAUAAAAUUAAAAACAAACAAACAUUUAAAAAAAUAUUUAAAAUAAUGCAUAAUAAAAUUAAAAGAAGAAAAAAAAAAAAAACAACAAAUAUUUAAAGUGAGAAACUAGAUUUUUAAUUGCAUGCAAAUAAGCAUCAAUGAAUAACGCCACAUUAUAUCAUAGAAAGCAAUUUAUUUCUCUAUUAUUAUUACUAUUAUUAUUAUAAUUAUUAUUAUUAUAUUAUUAUAUAUUAUUAUUAUUAUUAUUUUAUUAUAUCAUUUCUACCAGAAGUAUAUUAUGCAUGUUUAUAUUAUUUAAAAAAAAAAAAAAAUACAACAUGUGUAUUUAUAACUUC